ACGCGUCGCGACGCGACCGAACCCGAUGCACUCGGCCCUACUCCGCCCUACGGCCGCUGCAGCCGCAUUCUGUCGCCUCGGCCUCCGUUCCCUGCCUCCGUCCCGCCGUCCGAUCCUCCCCCUGUCCGCCGCCCGGCUCUCGUCCUAUUGUGGUGGUGCCAUGGACGGCUGCGGCAGCUCCACGGUCCUCGUCCUGGCCGGCAAAUCUCCGCAAGAGGACGACCUUGCUCGAUUCCUCAAGUCCAGGAGCGACACCCUAAAGCUCCUCGACGAGGAAGCAGGGGAGGUUAGGGUUUUACUCCGCUCCGAGGCGUACCAAUCCACUUUCGAUCCUCAGUUCUAUAUGGGCGCCCUCACCGCAAGCCGCUUUGGGCGGCUACUCAUCUGGUCCCCGAGGCUUCCCUCCACCCACGACCUUGUUUCAAAGAACUUCGGUGAGCUGCCGGUCGGCACAGUCUGCGUCACGGAUGUCCAGAUCAAAGGCAGAGGUCGGGCGAAGAAUGUGUGGGAGUCGCCCAUGGGCUGCCUUCUGUUCUCGUUCACGUUGCAGAUGGAAGAUGGGCGAAAGCUGCCGCUGUUGCAGUAUGUUGUGUCUCUUGCGGUGACUGAGGCAAUCAAGGAGUUGUGCCAAACCAAUGGAUUACCACAGCUCGAUAUUAGAAUAAAGUGGCCAAAUGAUCUUUAUCUAAAUGGUCUUAAAGUUGGCGGAAUCCUUUGCACUUCAACUUACAGAUCGAAGCACUUCAAUGUUUGUGCUGGUAUUGGAUUGAACUUGGAUAAUGAGAAGCCAACUACAUGUUUAAAUGCAGUACUGCAAGAGAUUAACUCAGGUUCACUUUGCUUGAGGAGAGAGGAUAUACUUGCAUCAUUUUUCAAUAAAUUUGAGAAUCUCUUUGAGGUUUUUCUAGAUCAAGGCUUUCAGUCUCUUGAGGAGCUGUACUAUAAGACAUGGCUUCAUAGUGGUCAGAAGGUUGUCAUAGAAGAAAAACAAGAGGGACAACCUGAGGAAAGCAUUAUAGUUACAGUUCAGGGAUUAACAUCCUCAGGAUAUUUAUUAGCUGUUGGUGAGGACGAUAAGAGUUAUGAACUCCAUCCUGAUGGCAAUAGCUUUGACUUCUUCAAAGGACUGGUUAGGAGAAGGUUGGAGUGAAGACUAAGAAAUUGUGCAGGCAGCAAACAGCACUAGCGGAUGUGAGAAUUUUGGUGCUUAACCUUCUCAAUAAAUUACAAAUACUCUUAGUAAUUAAAGAUAUGACUUGACAAAAGACUCGUGUAAUCAAUCAAUCUCAAGUAGUUGAAACAUUAUGUUUUUUUUUUUUAAUUAUUGUUGUUGUUGUUGUAUGUUCGUCAAUAAACUAAUCAAAUAAUUGAACUGAUUUCAGAAGUUUAUACAGUGACAAGUCAUUCUU